AUGAAAAGCCCCGGAGUCUCGGGGUUUGGUCCCUUUGGAGAGCACGCCGUGAACGCCAGCUGGAUUGCAGUCCAGGAGCUGGAGAAGCUGGGACUGCGAAAUGAUGUGGAUCUGCAUGUCUAUGAGUUCCCAGUUGAAUACCAGACAGUGCAGAGACUGAUUCCUGCUUUAUGGAAAAAACACAGUCCACAACUGGUGGUUCACGUGGGUGUUUCUGGGAUGGCCACGACCGUGACUCUGGAGAAGUGUGGCCACAACGUGGGGUACAAAGGGCUGGACAACUGCAGGUUCUGCCCGGGCUCCCAGUGCUGCGUCGAGGGUGGCCCCGAGUGCAUUGACUCCAUCGUUGACAUGGACACCGUGUGCAGGAGGGUCUCAGCCCUGGGGCUGGAUGUCACUGUCACCAUCUCCAAGGACGCUGGCAGGUACCUCUGUGACUUCACUUACUACACCUCCUUGUACCAGAGCUGCGGGAGGUCGGCGUUCGUCCACGUGCCUCCUCUGGGCAAACCCUACACAGCAGAACAGCUGGGCCGGGCACUACAGGCCAUCAUAGAGGAGAUGCUGAAUGUUUUGGAGCAUUCUGAAGGCAAAAUCAGUUGUCAGCAUGGACACUGA